UCGGUGCCGAAGGAGCAGAGGAGCUCAGCGUUGCGCAGAGCAUGUAGCCGAAACUACAGCAGACGUCAGAUCGAGGAGCUGAAGUUUUAACUCGAAGUGAUUUAUCAAAUUUUCAUAGGACACAUUCAGAACAUUUAGGUCUGCUCCUCAUUAAUCUACCUGCUGGGACCUAAAUGACAAAUAGACAGCGACACGGAGCCACUCAGUGAUACACGGGGCGCGAUGGAGAGCAAGGGAUUACUCCGCUGUAAGAUCGUGGUCGUCGGUGAUACGCAGUGUGGAAAGACGGCUCUCCUCCACGUUUUUGCCAAAGACUCGUACCCAGAGAACUAUGUUCCCACCGUGUUUGAGAAUUACACAGCCAGCUUCGAGAUCGAGAAACAGAGGAUCGAGCUCAACAUGUGGGACACUUCAGGUUCCGCCUACUAUGACAACGUGCGGCCGCUGGCGUACCCCGACUCGGACGCCGUGCUCAUCUGCUUCGACAUCAGCCGCCCGGAAACGCUGGACAGCGUCCUGAAAAAGUGGCAAGGUGAGACGCAGGAGUUCUGCCCCAACGCCAAAGUGGUGCUGGUCGGCUGCAAGUUGGACAUGAGGACGGACCUGAACGUGUUGAGGGAACUUUCCAAACACAGACUCAUUCCCGUCACCCACGAACAGGGCACUAACCUGGCGAGGCAGAUCGGCGCCGUGGCCUACGCAGAGUGCACCUCGAAGUACUCGGAGAACAGCGUCCGCGACGUGUUCCACGUCACCACCCUGGCGUCCAGGGCGUCCAGCAUCCACCGGCCUCAGCUGAAACGCGGCGGCUCUCGCCGCGGCCUCAAGCGGGUCUCCCAGCAGCCGCCUCGGACUGAGAUUCACGAGCACCCGCCCCCGAUCAGAAAGGACCGGGCCAAAAGCUGCGUCCUCAUGUAAGGACCCCGGAGCCCGCGAGCCCAAAUCCUGAUCCGUGUGGACGUGAACCAUACUGCACAUGAACUUAAUUUAUUGGUGAAUUCUUGUCAGACCUUUGCACUGCAUAAAAGGACAAUGUGAUGAAAACAAGAAUGAAUGCUACCCUGUGGAGUUAUUUGAGGGAUUGUUUGUGCAUUUUUUUUUUUAGCAAAAACACUGCUUGUUAUUUUUCUUUGUGGCUGUGUUCUCAUCAGGGGGGGGAGGCCGAAGCUGGUUCUCUCUUAACGCUGUUCCCUGAAGAAGAAGCGAACAAACAGAGGCAGGUCCGCAAAUGAAACACAGGUCGGAAAAGCAGCGGAGAGUGAAGGAAUAGAAAAAUAAAUAAAAUCUUUGAAAGAUCAUCUCGCGGGAAGCGGCAGUGAUAGCGCUGGCGUUGACCUCUAUUAUGUUUCCGUCUUGUGUUUAUGUAAAUCAAGCACAACUCGAUGAUGCAAACUGUGCUGAGAAAAUGUGUGUGAGUGUCGGGGAAGCGAACGCCGCCGUCCCACCGCACACGGUUACGAUUCAUAAAAACAAGAAAAUCUGGACAGACAAACAAACACCUGGUGGGCUGAGAUGACACUAAUUUUCUUAAACCACAAGUGCUUUUAAUAUUUGAAAACUAAAUAAUCACUCACCACAUAAUACUGUCGUGUUGUGUAAUCAGUGUUGUUACGAUGUUGGGGAGGAGAGAGAGCGCUGAGGAGAGGAUGAAUACUAUGUUGUACAUGUGAUAAUGGAAUAAUAAUAAAACAAAACUUGCUCUGCUAA